AUGGACGCUGUUCUUGCCGUGCAUUUCCGUGCUGGUAUUCGGGGCGAUUACCCACGGUGCAAACUGAUAAAGAAGCCACACAUGACCUCGGAUCAAUUUUUAUCUUUGGUCCAGAACUACGAGGACCGCUAUGGCCAAACGCCUCGAAGCCUCACUCGUCCAGCGAAAAGAGCCUCGCUCGGUGGCGAUCCACACCUAUCGCAAUUUCGCCCACCCGCCCCGGGGACGCCUGGCUCCGGUAGCCGAAAUUUCAAGUGA